UAGAGAGUAAACCCGCCCCUCUCUCUGCUCCAGUCUCAGCUCCACUCAGCCCUGAGAGUUUACCUAUGCCUUCCUAAUGGCGGAGGAAAUUUUAAAAGAGCCUGAUGGAAAAAUCAGAGGGCAUUUAACCCUGUCCCUGCUGGCUGUAGCUUUCCUCUCUUCGCUUGGCAGCUCUAUGCUCUAUGGCUAUAACCUGGCUGUCGUCAACUCUCCUGCUCAGUACAUAAAGGAAUUUUUUAACCGCACAGCAGUGAGGCGCAAUGGGACUGGCCUCAGUCAGGAGAGCAUCACAGUGCUCUACUCCAUUACUGUGUCCAUCUUCGCCAUAGGAGGUCUGAUGGGCUCCCUGACAGUCGGAAUGCUGGUCUCUAAAUUUGGAAGGAAAGGGACGCUGGUGAAGAGCACAAUUUUGGUGUUUGUCGCUGGAGCUCUGAUGGGUUUCAGCCGGACGUGCGGCUCUCCAGAGAUGAUCAUCAUAGGCCGCUUCAUCACAGGGUUACAUUCAGGAAUUUCUCUGAGCGUGGUGCCCAUGUACCUGGGAGAGAUCGCUCCAAAGAACCUCCGUGGCUUCCUGGGUCUCAUGCCCAGCAUCUUCAUCUGCAUUGGAGUUUUCUUUGCGCAAAUAUUGGGACUGCAUGAGAUCUUGGGCAAGGAGGAACACUGGCCGGUAUUCCUUUCCCUAGUCGUGGCUCCAACCUUCAUUCAGCUAAUGCUCCUGCCUUGGUUUCCUGAGAGUCCUCGUUACUUGCUGAUUGAGAGACAUAACAUUCAUGCCACUAUUACAGCUCUGAAGUGGUACAGGACCAGGGCUAAUAUCCAGGCGGAGAUUGAGGAGAUGCAGGAGGAGCAGCGCUCUCUCUCUUCAGUGGAGACGGUCUCAGUCUGGGAGCUAGUCAGAGACAGAUCUGUCCGCUGGCAGAUCAUCACCGUGCUAGUGAUCAACGCAGGCAUGCAGCUGUCGGGAAUUGACGCGAUCUGGUUCUACACAAACUCCAUCUUUGAGAAUGCAGGAAUAUCCAUUGCUCAAGUUCAAUACACAACAGUGGGCACUGGCGCCAUUGAGGUCAUUGCUGGACUCGUUGGGUGUUUUACUAUUGAGCGCGUGGGAAGGAGGCCUCUUCUGAUUGGUGGAUUCAGCUUUAUGGGCGUCUGCUGUGCAGGCAUCACUCUCUCACUUAUAUUACAGGCUCACGUGCCCUUCAUGCACUACGUCAGUGUGGCCUGUGUGGUCGGCAUUAUCGCAGGAUUCUGCAUCGGGCCUGCUGGAGUACCCUUCCUCAUGACGGGUGAGCUGUUUAAGCAGUCUCAUCGUCCUGCAGCAUUUAUUGUGGGAGGAUCUCUCAACUGGUUAUCAAACUUCACUGUGGGCUUCGUCUUUCCAUUCUUACAGAUGUCUGCAGGUGCGUUCUGUUACCUGAUCUUCUUCGGUGUCUGUGUGGGCGUGGCGGCGUACGUCUACUUCAUUAUUCCAGAGACGAAGAACAAAACGUUUGUGGAGAUCAGCCAGAUGUUUGCUUCUAGAAACAACUGUGAGUUUGAGAGUGAGCCGCUGACCAUCGCUGACCAGCUGAGCCUGAAGAAGAUGAACGGAUACGGAACAGUGGAAGCUAAGAUAGGACGCAAGGAGAACCUCGAAGAGAAAUACACAUGGACUGAUGAAGAGGAGGAGUAGACGGACUAAUGUUGAACGGGAAAACAUGUGUGUGAUUGAAUGUGUGUGUGUGUGUGUGUGUGUGACUGAAUGUGUGUGUGUGUGUGUGUGAUUGAAUGUGUAAUAUCUUUGGUGCUAUAGAAAACUCUGGUAUCAAACACUUUUAAAACCCAGUGGCAGUGGCACUACACCACACAUAGUGUGAUAUAUAUACAGUAUUGUGCAAAUGUUUUAGGCACCUGUGGGAAUUUUUAGCGAAAAAAAGCUUCUUAUUCUUCCUAAUCUCUCCUCAUCUGAGUUUAAUAGAGUUAUUUCUAGUCCUCAUCAUAUCAACACUUGUUUUGGUAAAUCAAAUCUUACUGAUGUUAAAUCAGGUGAGCUGCUGAUGGAACUGAACAUAUACACAUGCUGGCUGAGGAGCAUCCAGGAGAAAUCUGGAACUACACUUUGUUCUUCAGCUCGGCUUACAGGAUAUAAUAUACUUAGUUAAAAAUGAGAAUUCCUUGUUACGUUUUACUGUAUGUAUGUUUAUUUGCAUCUGUUUAAAUCGUAUGUUGUGCUUUUUUCAGGCAAAAACACGUAUUGCUGAAAUAAAUGGAUUAGUAUAAUUGGCUUAGGUGCCUAAAACUUUUGCACAGUACUGUAUAUAUAUAUAUAUAUAAUUGUUCUGUUAGAUGAAACCUUUCCAAGUGUAAAUUAGCAGUCAGUAGUGUUCCAAAUAGAUUUAUGUUCUUUAGACCAAUUGUACCAUUAUAUAGUUUCACUAUUCAUUUAUAAACUAUAAAAAAGAUUGUUUAAAGAUCUUAACCAAGCUCAAUCAUAAAGGCUCCUGACACCAAAGACUUUUAUUAUGGCGUUUCUAAAAUCAGGACACUUAAAACUACCCAAAAACAUCCAGCCAACCUCAGAAAACCAUCUCUUACAAAACUUAAGAACACAGCAUGACAACGCUUAACGGAAGCACUACUAAAUGCCCUUUUCUACUAACUAAAUACAAAUCUUAAACAAACCCCAAAGCAUCAGGGAAACACUCGAUUGUGACAAGACUUUACAAUUCCAAAUUAUAACAGGAUUUCUCUGUUGUUGUUUUUUGGACAGACAGAAAAUGUUAAGUUACAGAAAAUGUUCUGAAUUUAUUUUACAGCUGUUUUUUUUUUUAUUCUGAAAGUUUUUAGAUUCUUAAAAUUGCUAGCUACAAACUUAUUGUUAAAACACAAUGAAAAUUCUUUAAAAUGUUCUAGGAAAAGCCUUUAUAGUUGUGUGAGUGUGGAAAUUGGAUGUUUUAGUGUGAUGGUUGGUGCUACAUGGUCUAAAAAGUGUUUGAGAACCCCUGCUCUAAAACAGACACAAUCAGAUUUUUAGAUUUCCUCUUCUAUUGCCAACUCCACAACCCCACACUGCGCCCCAUCUCUAUUUUAGGGUAUUUUAAUACACAGCAUUCUGACAAUAUUCAACUACACACUGUUGUUUCUACAGAAAUCCUGCUUGCCUUGGUGAUGCUGGCCUGUCCUUCACUGAGGACCUUUCUCCUGCCUGUUUAUAAUGCCUUAUUUAUCUAGGCUAACAUCAGUGGAAGAUGUUCAGCUUCAUUUGAAAUUCUCCUAUUUGUGAGGGAGUGCAUAUCCGUGGCUACAUUGAUAGUCUCUGUAUUCAAUUCGCUCAUCUGUACUGUAUCGUUGUUGACAGACUUUUUAUGACAAGUGACAAGUGUUGAAAUUCUGUAUAUUCUGAUGGUUUUAUCUUUAUCAUCUUUGUGUGCCAGAGUACCAGCGUGUGUAAAUACUGUAUGUGAAACCAGACAAAUGUCCCCUCAGUAAAAAAAUCCAACGUGAAA